AGUUGUGUUGCGGAACGGAAAGUUAUUGUAUCUGAAUUAUAUUAAUUUGGAAUAGCUUUAUAAAACAUUGCAAUCUUACGUUGUCAUAAACUGAGAAACUCGGAGACGUUUUAAUAGUAUUGCCCACACUAUAAGAUAGCUGUUUGAAGUUAUUAUUUUGAAGAUAUUUCUAAAACACUAUUGAAUGAUAGAGACAUGGAGUGUGAAGUAAAAUUAAAAUGUGUAAAAUUCAUUUAAAAGAAACAUUUCGAGAUACAGACGGGAUAUGUAUCAAUGACAUUGCAAAUGUUACGAUCCUUCAUGACACUACUUUGUGAUUGUUCUAAAAACGACUAUUGCUUCAGAAUAGAAGACUAUGAAGAAAUAGAAUACAGAAACAUUUUGAACUGUGGUGGAUUCGUUAUGAGUUAUCAACUAUUUUAAAAUCAUUUAAUAGAUUAUAUAAACAUACAAAUAUGGACAGAGAGAGGUCGAUGUCGAUAAAGCCAGUUAGGCCAAUGCCAGUCAGACAAGUUAGGUCAAUGUCCAUCAAGCCUGUUAUGUCGCCUUUGUCCGGCAGUAAUGAAAAGCUUAAUGAGUUCGGUCAGGACCCUGUGAUGGGAGAGUAUCUAUGUAUAGGGGAUUAUAUAUGUUUGUACUGUGAGGAAACCGAAGGAUACGUUUACAGCGAGCAGUCAAGUGCUACAGACAAUGGCCUUUGUAUAUACACAAAUCAGGACAGAAAUAGACCGACCAACAUCCCCAAUCAACACGUGGUGGUGUUCCAAGUCUGCAUUCAGAAUAGAUAUAAGCUCAACAAAAAGUAUAGAAAAUGGCUGACAACCCUACAGGCUGAUGGGGGAUUGGAAAGCGGUGCCAAGGCUGCUCUUACUCUAUCACGGGGGGCAGCAGAGGCGGAGAAUAAUGAUAACGAACUCGAGCAGAAAAGACAGCACGGUAAGCGUGUACGGUAUGGGGAGAUCGUGCAGUUGAAGCAUAUUCUGACAAGCAAGUUUGUUCAUAUGAGUACAACACAGACAAGCCAGAUAGACAAAAACUACAUGAAGGUAUCCUUACACGAUUUCAACGCAAAGAAUGCCCAGUUCAGAAUCCUUCCGCGUUACAAAGUGAAGUCGGAGGGUGAAGUGGUUCAGUUGUACGAUCAGAUAGUAUUUGAAAGUGUAAAAUCUCCCGGUCAUUACUUCCACGCCAGUGAACCGCACCAACUAGAUUACAAGUCACACGGAAUAUCUGCAUUUCCGCGGUCAGAGCUGAACCUUGGUGUUGAGAGGUCAAGUUUUACACUGAUAGGUAGUUACAGGGAAACAUUGGAGCAAGAAAGAUUUGUCAGGGGAGGUUCUGUUAUUCGGCUGUUUCAUAAAGAGUUGGAAGCUUAUCUUGUUGCCGAAGGACUGUUUGAUGAAGGAGUCACAGAAGAUGUUCAUUUCCGCAUACGAGUUAUCGACCAGCACAGACCUAAGACAUUAUCACCAUCAACUUCCGGUAUAACAUAUUGGCAGAUUGAAGCUGAACAUAGUAUAUUAGACGGUGACGUACUUAGAUGGGAACAGCAAAUCCGCCUACGUCACAUGCUGACGAGGCUAUAUUUGUGUAUAGACUCUCGUAGCGAGGUCUCACUCAUUGCUGAUCCGGCUGAUCCAAGAACUGUCUUCAGGCUGCACUCUGUUCUAAAGGAACAGGACGAGAUACAAUAUGAAAGCUAUGCAAGAAUAGAACAUGUCCUGACAGGAUGUUGGUUGCAUGCUUUGAAAGAUGAGGAUUAUGAGAAGAGAGAAUUCCGUAGUAAUGACCAGGAGAUGUCCAUGUAUGGGCUACGGUGGGACGGCGCUUCAACUAGAAAGGUAUCGGCAAGUGGAGAGAGCAUGUAUGACGACGCGUACACGAUCCAGAUGGUUGAAAAACAAGACGUUAUGAACUUCAAUUUUGUAGCUGGAAUGGUUCCCUUCCUAUUCAAUUUGAUUAACGAUUUUCAGACAGGGACGCCGUUAACAGCAAAGAAAACGCACGGCAUUAUUGCGGCACUGAAAGAAUUAAAGUAUUUCAUGACAGUCGAUGGACAGCCGGACAAAGACAGACAAAAAUUAAUGAGAAAUCUCAGGGUUAUAGAUCUACUAGUACGGUUGCUCCAGUGUCCUCUUAAAGAUGGAGAUGAAGAGCCGCAUAUGAUUCGUAUCUUCAAAGAGGCGUAUGACGUCCUUCAUGCAUACAUGAUUGGAAAGAGCAGGAAAAAUGCUCUCUACUUUGCCAAAUAUAUCGACUUCUUCCAGACACAAUUCACUCAAAAAGGUGGUAUCGGCCUGUAUGUGGCUCAGAUGAUUGUGGAGUUGAUAAGAGACAAGAGGAAGAUUGUAGACAGAAUAACCAACCAUCAUCUUGACAUCUACAUUGAUCUACUCAGAAAACAUCAGAACUACAGAUUUCUUGAUUUGUUGCAAGUUCUUUGUGUAUGUGACGGUGUAUCAAUACCCAACAACCAGACAUACAUCACAGAGAAAUGGCUUCGUUCGUACAAAGACAGUGUAUACUUGACUGAUCGUGGACAAAAUAUCAACAAGAGGCCUAACAUUGUGUAUGUGUCUACAAAUAAUACACAGUCGUGGUGCACGUUACAUGAGUUUGUUAAUCCCGACAGUGUGGAGUUCAACGAAGGACAAUAUGAAUUCCUCAUUCAUCAACUAGAACUUUUCAAGUCUCUCACUUAUGGACGAAAUGACUUUGCAAUACAUGUGAUAACAAGAGAAUUCGGAUAUUUGACAUGGGAAGACGCAUUUUUAUGUAUCACAUCAGACUUGUUGCCAGACUCGAUAAGGGCGAAAUACUGCGAGCUCAUCAUAGGUUUGUUUGUUGAUGUUGGGAACAACUAUUCUGUUCUGGACAAUCCGAACAUAUGUUUUGUGUACGAAUAUGUCGGGUCAAAGGACUCGGAGAGAGAACAGAGUCAGUUUGUUGUUAAGGAUUUGGUGACCAUCUUCCCUGUGCUGAGGGAUUGGCUAGCUGAAUUUCUCAACUGUAACUGUGUGAUGACCGCCUCUGAUAUAGGCCACAAUCUUCUUAUAGAACAGGUGCUACGGUUGUUGCAACAUUUAGUUAAAUUCGGCUACUACAGCGACAUCGAUGACGUCAGACAUCUUCUACAGCCCUUGCUCAGUCAGCUUGAUGGUAGACAUGACGUACCCUUCCCGAAAGACAAAAGUAAAGGUUACUCAAAAGAAGGACAAAAAUCGGUGAACAAAUAUAGGGAGUCGGGCAGGUUUGAGACUAGCAAAGAGUCAGAAGCCAUUGUGAAAGCAAAAUAUCAGGCCAUGGAAGUUCUUGAUCUUCUGCUUACUUUCCAGAGAAAUAUUCGUUUGAAGACAUUUGUUGAAAAGUUUAAGGUGGCGGAACUGAGUUCACACAAAAAGCGAGGCCAAACAUCAGUAGAGCCGUUGCUGUACGAAUCUUUUAAUCCUAUAGAUACAUCCAAAAAAGGUAUAAGGAAGCAGAAAGAGGUACUGAAAGAUCUGAAAGACAUGUUCCACGCAUCUUCCAUCUUUGAAAUAGACAGCACCACCACAGUAUUGAUGGAUUUGUCCGACUAUAAGUACGAUAUGAUGGUCAUGAAAUCCUUGGAUAUUCUAAAUAAACUGUACUCCUCACAAAGUGACAUGUUCCGCCUGGCACUGGAGGCUCAGAUUCUAUUGUCGCAAGAUUCAGCACGUGUACAUAGAGAGGUUCAAAGAAGUCUGCCUGUCUUGCGACGGCUGGCUAAACAGAAACUAAAUGACCAACAAGUGCUAUUGAUGAGUGAAAUUCUAGAUGAACUCGCAGAAUUCUGCCAUUUGCCAAAGAACCCACAUGAACCUCAUUUCAUGAACCAAAAUAUCAUGAUCAGCCAUGGAAUCCUGGAUAUUGUGCUUGACAUAUUGUCACAAGAAAUAGAUGCCAAAUUAUUGAAAGAGCAAUACGGUGGUAUGAAGGUUAUCUUCCAGAAGACACUGUACCUAUUACAGUUGUUGACCAGAGAAAAUGACAAUGUCCAGUUCAGGAUAUUCAAUCACCUGGACAGAUUGUUAGAUGUCCAAGUUGUGCCGUCAGAUCUGGCUCUUGCUUUGAAAGAGGUUUUCAUUGCCAAUCAAGCAACCUGCCUAAAGGUCCAUCCUCAGCAAAUUAAGAAGAUUGUUCGCCUUGCUGCAGAACACCAGAACCAGGCAUCGGAAUUCCUUGACCUGCUAAAUGUUCUUGUCAAAGUGGAAGGGCUUGAUCUAACUAUCAAAAGGAAUCAAGCGCUUGUAAUGAAAUAUAUCAUGCAAAAUUUCAAGAAGGCAGCAUAUGUACUUGACCAGCCUAGGGAAUCGAGAAGGAACCAUUCAUCCGGUCCACUGUUAUUGCCUUACUGGGAGCACAUAUUGACGAAUCAGGCAGAAGAGGGCCAUCUGGCAUACUUUGCUCAUUUGGUUGAUUUGCUAGCAACUUGUGCAGAGGGCGAGAACAAGUUUAUUGAGUCGUUAUGCCAAACAAUCUUACCCGUGGAGGAGAUUCUAUGGGUUAUCAAUCACCAGGACAUCGACUGUAACAUCAAGAGGCCUUUUAUCAAAUUCAUGAUGUGGGUCUAUAUGAAACCUGCAGAGAAUUUGAUUGAGAGUGGAGCUGCUGACUUGCAACAUCACAAAAACAUGUGGGAUUUUAUAGGAACAGUUGUAGGUGAGAUAAAUCAAUUGUCCGAGUCCGUCAAGGGCCUGGCAGAGAAAACGGCUGACUUGCUAAAAAUGUCUCCGUCCAAGAGUGCUGUGGCUGAAUCAAACGACACAAGCAGUUUGAUACAUAGUGGGAUAUACUACAUCUUAGAAGGAGUUAUGCCAUUUAUUGAGGUGUUCUACACGUCAUUUUUCUCACCAGACAAAGAUCUGUAUCCAGAUGAAAUAUUUCACACCGACAGUCUCGCUACAGCAUUGGUGGCCUUUUCUGAUGUGAUUGGUUCGAUGUUGACAAAUCCCGCCCACAUGAAGUGUUUGGUUACUUCCGUUACGGCAGUUGUGACGUCAUCUAGUACGCCGAAAUCUCUUCUGGUGACUGUCCUUGAGAAAUUUACAUCUGAGAUGAAAGUUGGAGACACGAAGAGUGCAGUUAGAAAGGGAAACAUGGAGUAUUACGCAGCAGAGCUUGAACUGAAUGCCAAAUUUCACACUUUUGCGCAGAACUGUAGUCGGGUCCAUGUUGGUCACAAUACUGUGCAGCAGCAACUCAAGUACAAAUCAAAAAGAGAGUACACAGAAUUAGGUAGCAAUGAAGAGCUGCCUCUUGGUGAAGAGUUCCAAAAUUUGGUUAAGUGCUUUAUUGACCAAAAAGAAAAGAAACCAAACAAAAGAUAUGCAUUAACUAAAAAACUUCUGGAACAACUGGCAAUAGGGGCCUGCAAUUAUAGAAGCAGAAAUAAAAAGUCUGGAAUCUCGGCCAAAAAGAUCAGGUUUGCCGUGUCUUCAUCGAGAGCACAAGAGGAACUUGAUGUAAAAUGUCUCCAGAUUUUACGAACGAUCAUUCACAAUGAGGAAAGAAAGCUGCCUGAUGAUUGGACGAAUUCUGCUGUUGAUGCUAAAGUGAAAAAGCAACUUGCACACAUUAAAGACAUACAGACAUCGAUUAAUGUACAUGAUGUUGUCAAUAAGGUAUUGCCUCACCUUGCCAGACGAAGUGACGCUAUCGCCAGGGAAGUCUUAGCGUUCGUCAGUAUCAUGCUGUUCAAUGCCAACAGGGAAGUACAACAAUCUCUGUUAGACUACUUCUUCUCGACGAGGGAGGAGGUGUUCUUCAUGGCUGUUAGAGAUAGAAUGCAGGUCUCCACGAAUUCCAUCAAAGAAAAACUUUUCAUGAUCAAAAAAUCAAUGAGGAAUGCUGGGAGAGCUCUUCUUGCUCAGCAUGAAACAAGACGUGGAGAGUUUAUGGCCAACUUUGGUACUUUCCAGACGUCCUUGACCCUUGGAAGAAAAGCUUUACAAAAAAUACAGCACUAUGAGCUGAGGUUAAAGAAAGAAAAAAUGCAUGGAUGGAGAGCGCUGAGCAGAGCAAGAGAGCCAUUAUCUGAGAAACAGAGAAGGAAAUCAAAGAAGAGAAAAAAUUCAGAGAAGAAAAAGUCAAAGCCACCACCAAUGACCAAUGGUCUGUCGAAGGACUAUAUCAGUGACCGGAGCAAUGAGAACUUGCUGCAACCAGGAACGCCAGACAAGAUGAUGGAAAAGCUCAAUGUGGAAUAUAAACCAGAUACAGGCGAAAUUGAGAUGGUGGACGUUGUAGUAGAUGAAGAGGAAGAUAGUGCUGAGCAGAUGUUUUCUGACAUGGACGAGAGUGUUGCUGAUAUGUUGGAGUAUAAAGAUGAUGGUUGUAUAGAGCUGGUUCUCAAAGUCCUGGCUAGAAUAUGUGAUGGUCAGCAUGUGGGAUUGCAGAAUUAUCUCCGGGAGCAGCCUGACAAUGUCAAAUCACUCAACAUAAUUGGAGAGACGGCACAGUUCUUGAAUGUCGUGUACUCCAGCAUCAAUAGGAGAACUGUUGACCUUGUCAUUCAGUUGUUUAGUACACUCAACGAAUUUUGCUCUGGCAAUCAAGAGAACAGGGAAGUGAUAUACAACAAGAAAGCCAUCGAUUAUAUCAACUUUAUUCUCCGGGCUGGGGAGAUUGCAGACUGCUCUCCGGAAAAGGUACUGGAUUUGAGAGAGUCUAUAUCAUCAUUGAUCUUGUCAUUGAUCGAAGAAAAUGGACCUUCAGCAUCACAAGUCGCAAAGGAGGUGAAGGACACUCUAGACAAAGAAGCAUUGUAUCGUUGUAUGGCGCAAUGUUACGAAAUGCACCAGUCGGAGAAGCCGAAACUAGAAGAUAUCGUCAAGUCAGAGGCGGGCUAUAUGCAAUCAGCUAAGUCUAUAGCAUCUCUUGGUGGCAGCUUGAUGAAAGGUGUUGUUAAAGGACCACAGAAGAAUGCUCUGAAAGAGAAUCUGAUGGCCGUAGGCUUCAAAUUCUACCUGAUACUUGCGCGAAUGCAUGACAUAGAUCCACAACUGGACGAACGGUUGUUGGUUUCCCCGGAACAGAUCAAAGCCUACGAUUAUUACAAGAAAAACAGCACUUCUGUUGAGAUUGUCAAAGACGACGUGUUACAGAAAAUCAACUUCCGUAUCAAGAACAAGAUACUUAUCAGAGAAGAGGUGAAAGAGAAACUGAAAUGGAAUGUUGAUAGAACGUCGCCUAGCAACAAGAUUCGAGAUCUCAUGGACUGGACACGAGAUAUCAUGCAGGAUAUUUCCUAUCAGAGAAAGAUACUGUUUAACCCAAUAGCAAUCAUGUUUACAAAGGGCUGGUUGUUGUGGAACCACCUAGUGACGUUUCUGAGUUUUGCCAUCAACAUUCUGAUGUUACUGACAUGGAAUGCAAAAGCAAGUCUCGAAGACUACGAACGUAUACAGAAUGCCGGCAACACGACAAAUGAUACGUUCAACUUUGCACUGUUGAAAGAUCCACAGCCAGCGAUCGGGCGUAUACCAGAGCAAGAAUAUACAAUCACGAUGUAUAUCCUUAGUGGUGUACACAAUCUUUUCUCAUUGUUUGUACUCAUCAGUUACUUUUUGUCAAAUCAUCCUCGAUUACCGACGUGUUCAGAAUUAACCGAUCCUUUCAGAUCGUGUUGUAACAAGAACAAGGACAAGGGUGAGACUGUAGGCAAAAGAAGCUCAGAAGACAAACCAUCCAAACUUGAUGUCAAAUUCUUUAGCUUCACUACAUUUUUCUACAUUCUUUUUCUCGCCAUGUCAGCUGCAGGGACUCAAUUUCAUGGUUAUUUCUUUGCAUUCCAUCUCCUCAACAUUGUAAAUAACAAUCAACUGUUAAGCGGUGUUAUAAAAGCAGUAACACAAAAUGGUGUAUCACUACUAUGGGUUGCCAUCCUUGGCUUCAUCGUGAUCUAUAUAUACUCUCUCGUUGGAUUCUCCUUGCUGAGGGCCUACUUCGCACCGGGAGAUUAUCUAUACUGUUCAACACUGUGGCAGUGUACUGUUACAGUAAUCAGAUAUGGUCUCAUUGGUGACAUGUUUGAGCAAGUGAAACAAGGAGAAUCUGAGCGAACUUUUGCGACAUUCUGGCCUAUAGUGUUAUACCAUGUGUCUUUCUUCAUAUUCAUCACAACCAUUGGAUUGAACAUCAUCUUCGGUAUCAUUGUCGACACGUUCUCAGAACUAAGAGACUUAAAGUGGCGUGCAGAAUCCGACAUGAAGGACACGUGUUUUGUUUGCAGUAGAAACAGCUACGACUUUGAACAUCAUGGAAAGGGAUUUGACUUUCACGUCCGGAAUGAGCACAACAUGUGGUCAUACGUCUUCUUCUUUAUCCAUCUCAACGACAUGAAAACCAGCGAUUAUACUGCUAUAGAACUCUACGUCAGUAAAUUGCUGGAUCAAGAAAACUAUGAUUUCUUCCCAAUGAACCGUGCCCUGUGCUUGUCCUCUAUCGACAUAGACUCUACUGAGUCAAAAAUAGAUGACCUCUUGCAUCAGGUCACCGCCAUUGCGCAGAAGCAGAGGGAAGACGAGGCUGAAAAGAAACGUAAAGUUGAAAAGCUGAAACAGAAACGUUGGCAGGAGAAACACAGACGGUUUAUAUUUGGAAUACAUCAUAGCACUGAUGAGAACGAGCUUGGUGACCGGGAACCAUUGGUGCCACCGUCGAAUUCUAGUAAUGAGGGAGUAUACGCUCCACGGCAACCGGAAGGCGGAAAUAUGUUGUCUGUUUCCGACGAAUCUGAGUAUUAUAAGGAAAAGAGAGGUUCUCUGUCAUUGUUGCAAAUUCUUGAAGGCUUACCAGACGAUAAAUCAUCCAGGGCCUCUCGCGCGUCUUCUAAAUCUCAUAUAAUCUCGGAAUCAGACGAGGAAUCCGAUACAGACUCUGCCGGAAGUACAGGUCCUGUUGAGUCAUAUGACCUUUUGAAAUCUCGUGAGACAUCACGUGAUCGAAUUGAUUCAAUACCGGAAGAAGUUCCUGUGAUUGCUGUUCCGAUUCCACACGUUUCAGAUACAGAUUCAAUAGAUGAGGCAGAGCAGCUUCCGCCUCCGCCACCGGAAGAGACAGAAGAACGACAUCUUGUGCCACAUCAUGCCGAAGAUGAAGAGACAACUCAUUUGUAAUAUAAUACACUGUAUAUAAAGUAAAUGCCGCUCAAAGAAUGCAAACGUUACAAAAAUAACUUGCAUAUCUAUAAAACCAGUGUCAGAAACCAAAGGUGUUUAAAUGUCAAUAAACGAGUGUGUAUAUUUAAAUAAGACACAUACUAGUAUACUCGUAGAUACAAGGCUGACCGAAACGACUAACAUUUAGUCAGUCAUUUAAAUGAUUGGUUUAGCCAAUAAUGCUAACAUGGCUUGUUGGUUCAAUGUUCCAAAUUUCUUUUAUCCACCUCCACUGUAAUAACCCUAAUUUAUUAAAAUAAUUAUAAAGCG